UGAGAGUUGAAGCAAUAGGAAAGCCGUGAGCGUCGACAAGUUAAAACUCUUCAACCGGAACCCCUCAUGAAUUUUGGAUAGCCCCCUUACGUAAUUACUGAUAGUAUAAAGGAUUCAUCUUUACGUAGAUAAAAGGCUGCUACACCUCAGGUUGAGUAAAGUCGGACAUCCAGGGUGAAACUUACACAGUCCCGUCUCCCAGUAGCCACUUUGUGCAACAUGGUUUCCUUUCAACAAUCUUUUGCAACCUGCGUUGGGAUAUUAACUAUCCUAUCUUUUUGCCAGUGCUCACAAUACUCAUAUGCGGAUGAAUUGUUGCAAAAGAAUGAAAAUUCCAAAUUAGGCGUGAAAAAACUGGCUGCUUUACUCGCAAAUGAGCUGCUAUCGGAAGAAAAAGACAUAACGCAGAAAGACAAACGAGUAUUCUGCAAUGGUUUCUUUGGUUGUUCUAACGGUAAAAAGAGAUCCAACUCAAUGAACCUCAAUCCUUUAGAUUAUCCAGUUGAUGCCCCAGAACCGGAAACUAAGACUGACUUCCGGAAACGACUCUUCUGUAACACAGGAGGCUGUUUUGGAAGAAGAAAGCGAUCAACAUCCCAAACUCUUGAACGACGUCUCAACAACCGAGGAUCUAAGGAUGGAAAUCAAUAGACGCCUGAAUCCUCGUAGAAAUGACGUCAUCUUCGUCCGUCAUCGUAUGUCUCAAUAUUUUCAGGACACAAGCGUCAUCAAUAAUAAAAAAAACUAGACUGAACUUGAAGAAAGAGACAAUGUGUUUCCAUUUGAUUCCUUUUUAGAUUUGCGUGUGUGCUCCGUUUUUCAUACAAAGUUGCUUUUAAUUUUUAAUGAAUUAAGCAUAAGACACUAAACAGUUAAUGAAAAAAUUUCCUCUUAGUAACGGGUGCGUCUUAUUUAUUUUAUUUUUUUAAUUGUGGAAUUUAAAAUAUGUACGCCCGAAUCUUAUUCUUGAAAUAAUAGUUUUGAAAUAGAAAUAGAAUAUGAAACUCAGCAUUCAACCGUAUCUGCGUAAAUUCAAUGCAUCAGAUAAAGCAAAAUCAUGUUGCAAAUACGUAAAUAUACUCGAACAUAGCUUAUGUUUGUUUCAAUCUAUUUGGCGUGUACGACUUGUACGAAAUUUUAUUAAAACGCGCUCGACUCGACCAUCUUUUUUCUGCAAUAUUAGAGACUUUGCUAUUUGUUAUCUGACUUUGAUAUUUGUUAUCUAAUGUUGACCUAUUUUAUGGCAUGAAUGUGGAUUUUUUCUCAUAUUAAAAUAUUAUCUGUUAAAUGUCUUUAUUUUCAUACGUCUAUCUAUGAAUUAGUUCAUAUCUGCUUAGAACAAUAAAAUAAAAGUAUUUUAUCUUA